AGUGGUGAACUUGAAAUGGAGAAGAGACUUGAAUGGCAGAAGGAGAGAAUAGCAAUGAAAAGGGAAAUUGAAACGUUAAGAAGAUUGAGGACCCAUCAGAGACCAGAGUCUCCUGGACCUGGACCUGAACCUGAACCUGGACCUGGACGCAGCUGUGUGUCCUUUAAGAGUGACCGGUCACAUGAUCUCCUCAUUAACUUUAAAGGACAGCAGCCCUCUGCUGAAAAGAGAGUUGACCAGGAGAGCUCAGACGUUCCCAGUGGUCAGUCUGCCCAGCAGCAUCAAACACACAUGGACUCCAUAUUUAUGCUGCUGGAGAAGAACAUCAUCACUUUUGUGAAGAACGAGCUGAAGAAGAUACAGAAGGUUCUGAGUCCAGAUUACCCAGAAUGCUCAGAGAGUCAGAGGGAGGAUGAGGAUGAAGAGCAGAGGAGGAGCAGAGAGGCAUUUCUGAAGAUCACACUGCACUUCCUGAGGAGAAUGAAGCAGGACGAGCUGGCUGAUUGUCUGCAGAGCAGAAGUCUAGCAGGAGUUUUUAAGCGUAAACUGAAAUCUAACCAGAAGAAGAAGUUCCAGUGUGUGUUUGAGGGGAUUGCUAAAGCAGGAAACCCAACCCUUCUGAAUAAGAUGUUCACAGAGAGCUACAUCACAAAGGGAGGGACUUCAGAGGUCAAUGCUGAACAUGAGGUCAGACAGAUUGAAACAGCAUCCAGGAAACCAGACACACCAGAAACAACAAUCAGACAAGAAGACAUCUUUAAAACCCCACCUGGAAGAGAAGAACCAAUCAGAACAGUGAUGACAAAGGGAGUGGCUGGCAUCGGGAAAACAGUCUUAACACAGAAGUUCACACUGGACUGGGCUGAAGACAAAGCCAACCAGGAUAUCCAGUUCACAUUUCCAUUCACCUUCAGAGAGCUGAAUGUGCUGAAAGAGAAGAAGUACAGCUUGGUGGAACUUGUUGAUUACUUCUUUAGUGAAACCAAAGAAGCAGGAAUCUGCAGGUUUGAAGAGUUCCCGGUUGUGUUCAUCUUUGACGGUCUGGAUGAGUGUCGACUUCCUCUGGACUUCCUCAACACUAAGAUCCUGACUGAUGUUACAAAGUCUACCUCAUUGGGUGUGCUGCUGACCAACCUCAUCAGGGGGAAUCUGCUUCCCUCUGCUCGCCUCUGGAUAACCACACGACCUGCAGCAGCCAAUCAGAUCCCCCCUGAGUGUGUUGACAUGGUGACAGAGGUCAGAGGGUUCACUGACCCACAGAAGGAAGAGUACUUCAGGAAGAGAUUCAGAGAUAAGGAGCAGGCCAGCAGAAUCAUCUCUCACAUCAAGACAUCACGAAGCCUCCACAUCAUGUGCCACAUCCCAAUCUUCUGCUGGAUCACUGCUAGAGUUCUGGAGGAUGUGUUGAAGACCAGAGACGGAGGAGAGCUGCCAAAGACCCUGACUGAGAUGUACAUCCACUUCCUGGUGGUUCAGUCCAAAGUGAAGUACAUCAAGUAUGAUGGAGGAGCAGAGAUGGAUCAACACUGGAGUCCAGAGAGCAGGAAGAUGAUGGAGUCUCUGGGAAAUCUGGUUUUUGAGCAGCUGCAGAAAGGCAACCUGAUCUUCUAUGAAACAGACCUGACAGAGUGUGGGAUCGACAUCACAGCAGCCUCAGUGUACUCAGGAGUGUUCACACAGAUCUUUAAAGAGGAGAAAGGACUGUACCAGGACAAGGUGUUUUGCUUCAUCCAUCUGAGUGUUCAGGAGUUUCUGGCUGCCCUUCAUGUCCAUCUGACCUUCACCAACUCUGGAGUCAACCUGCUGUCAGGAAAAAAAACAUCAACACAGUUCUACCAGAGUGCUGUGGACGAGGCCUUACAGAGUCCAAAUGGACACCUGGACUUGUUCCUCCGCUUCCUCCUGGGUCUUUCACUGCAGACCAAUCAGAAUCUCCUACGAGGUCUGAUGACACAGACAGGGUCAGAGACCAAUCAGGGAACAGUCGAGUACAUCAAGAAGAAGAUCAAUGAGAAUCUGUCUGCAGAGAGAAGCAUCAAUAUGUUCCACUGUCUGAAUGAACUGAAUGAUUGCUCUCUAGUGAAGCAGAUCCAACGGUCUCUGAGUUCAGGAAAUCUCUCCACACGUAAACUGUCUCCUGCUCAGUGGUCAGCUCUGGUCUUCAUCUUACUGUCAUCAGAGAAAGAUCUGGACGUGUUUGACCUGAAGAAAUACUCUGCAUCAGAGGAGGCUCUUCUGAAGCUGCUACUAGUGGUCAAAGCAUCCAACAAAGCUCUGUAA